AUGUACUGGCGCGUCUUAGACUCUGACCCUCUCCUUACCUCCCUCAUCUCGCCCAUAAACCAUACGCCUCCACUCACAAAUCGCACACGAAUCAACAGUCGUGCGCCGCAUAUCAAUGCCAGUUAUUGGGAGUUCAUAUACCAUCUCAUAGCCGGGAACAAGAACUGGGGCCUGCGCUCAACCAAUCACGAGCUCUCAAUCAAUGAUAUCCACGAGGUACUACACAGCAAGUCUGUUCUGCUACCGGCCAUUGCCACGGCCGUCGAGGCCGCAGUGCGUAACCAUGGCAACGCGGAUUUGGGCAAAACGCCCAUAAGGGGUGCGCAAGAGUCUGAGAAUAGUGAUGGUACUGACGAAUCCGACAAUACUGUGACUCUUCUGAAAUGGCUACGUAUCUGUUAUGAAGUGCUCUACGGGAAAGGAACGACAACAAGUGAUAUUGACGAUGGGGACGAUGGUAUGGGCCAGGAUGAUAUCGUGGCAUGUGCACCAACCCCUGCUGUGGACGUACAG